AUGGCAUAUCUGAAACAAGAACUACCUGAAUGGUGCCAAAAAGACUUCGUUCAUUUCCAAGACACUUUCACAUUCUCUCCAGAGGACAAAGUUCUAGAAUGGAAUGAUCAUUUAUUCAUUCCACAGUUCCAUCCAGAUACAGUAUCUUAUGCAUUCGAUCACCAUGAGCCAAGAGAAAACGAAGUGAUGGUGGCAUCGGUUGCAAAAACAGGCACAACGUGGACUCGAGAAAUUAUUCGUCAGAUAUUGUAUGGAAGAGACGAAAAACUUGAUAAAUUGACAAAAGAUAUCACUUUACCGAAUUUGUAUCUUGAGACAUGUACACCUUCAAAGUUCAACGUCAUGCACAAUAUUCCUAUACCUAGAAGAUAUUUUGUUACACAUCUACCAGCUGAAUUGAUCGUUUACACCUUGCGGAAUCCAAAGGACAGGCUGGUAUCGUUCUUUAAUUUUUUUAAAAGAUUUCCAUGGCAGGGUGAAUUAGCAAAAUUUAUACCCGACGAUUGGAACGAAUUUUUUGAACAACAACUGAAAGGUGAUGGCAUCCACUAA